AUGAACAGAGGAAUUUCUUUCGUUUGUUCGAGCUGUGAACAGUACAAUGGAUUUGAUGAAUCUGGAGGAUACAAUCGCAAAAUACCCGGGCAGCAUUGUGUUGGUGCUAUAACGCCAUCGAAGAGCUACGUCAUCAAGCAGUCCAUAUGCUGCUUAUGUUUAUGCCAACACGCCUUUCCACGGAAACUUGCUUUUGCCUACCUUGAAGAUGUUUCUCAAGAAUUUUUGAAUCAGCAUGCCACAAGAAUUGACCAAGUAGCUCGACCGUACCAAUUUCCUUGA